AUGAGUUCCAAACAACCGAGGGCCGCCUCCAGACGGCGCCUCCCAAAAGGCCCUUCUCAGGGCCAACCCCAAGGCCCUUCUCAGGGCCAACCCAAAGGCCCUUCUCAGGGCCACUCACGGGACGCAUCAGCGUCUGAGGCUAGCCGCGCACCGUCGGCGGCAAGCCUCCAUAGUGUGGGCCAAACCACGGACUACUCGGACACCGAGUCCGUUAUGAGCGUGUCAGAUUGUGGUUCGAUCCGCCGCGAGUCCAGGAAGCGAUUCCUGCGACAAAAGUCCGGGGGAUCUCCGGACACUGCCAAGACACCCGCAAAACGGGCCAUUGUAGAGGCGGAUCUAGAGGAAGUGGUUGCCUCUAAGGAGAAGGUCGCGCGGACGACCAGAGCUAAGGCCGGCUACGGCGCAGCUGCCGUCCGCUAUGGGGACCACUCCGUAGAGGAGAUGGAGCGCAUGGCUCUCGAGGACCAGGGGGAAAUUAUUGAGGUGGCCUCCAAGUCCUCAAACCUAAAGGGGACCUUCCAAAAGGCCCUCAAAUGUCGGGCAGCCAGCCUAAUGGGCAUUGUUAGGGAACUUUCGCAGCGCACUACGUCCAACGAGACGCGGUUACUGCAGGCGAAAGUUGACCGCCUGCAGAAGGAGAUGUCUGCGCUGCACGCUCGCAUUGCCGAGCUUAUGGCCCGGUCUGAAGGGACCUCGGAAGGUCCGGCGGUGGCGGCGGCCCCCUCCAAUCUUGAGGACAUCAUCCGAAAGGUGGUCAUGGAGGAGAGGGCCUUUACAAAAGCCUGCUUCGCAGGCAUUGAGGACCGGCUGCUGCCGGAAAAGAGGCUCCGCCCUCCACUCGACAGGACCUCUACUGCACCGCCGCCCCAAGAAGCAGCGCCAGCGCAGAAGGAGCAGCCCAAGGCCACGAAGGCAGGCAAAGGGAAGGGGAAGGGAAAGAAGUCCCCUUCGGCCCCUACCUCACAGGCGGGAGCCAGCGCUGCUCCAGCGCCCGCCCAAGCUCCUGUAAGGGAAGAUGCCCUGCUGCCUUCUACCACACCCUCCAACGAGCCAUGGAAGAAGGUGGUUGGCAAGAAGCAGCGAAAGGGGAAAAAGCCGGUACCUGAGUCCCUGGCAGCCAAUAAAGCUCCGGCGGGAAAGAGGAGGAAGCUCGUUCCUCCAAAAACCGCGGCCGUAGUGGUGACCCUCACAGCGGAAGCUGUUACACGUGGGGAGACGUACGAGUCCGUGCUGCGACGGGCUCGUGCAAAUAUCGACCCCGUGCAACCGGGGAGUGGAUGUCAGAGAAGUCCUUCGGCUCAAGCAGUUGAGCACGGCUUUGUCGUGCCGAAGAUACGUGAUUUUAUUAUGCCUCAUAUAAUAGAGGCACUUUGUUUUCACGACUUUACUUUUCGGCUGUACACGGCUGAAGGUCGACACAGAUGUACACGGCCGUGA